CGAGGGGGCAAUUCCAGGGUCACAGGUCGCGGGGCUUUCCCUGGGCGUGGGCAUGGGCGUCGGCGCUGGACUCCAGAGCUGCGGUCCGGGAGGAGCUGUGCGCCCUGGGCGGGCGCUAUCGGGCGUGGUUUAGGACCCGGGGCGGCCUCCGGGCGGCAGGGCGACUCCCUAGGCCGGCUGCGGGACAGCGGGCUGCCACAGUCCGGUCACCCGGCGCCUGCCAGCAGCUCCGCUCGGCUCGUCCCCUGCGACGCGCGCCGGCCAUGACGGGCGCACUGUUCAAGGCGAACUUCUGGAGCACGGAUAUCCUCAGCACCGUGGGCUACGACUGCCUCAUCCAGCACCUCAACAAUGGCCGCAAGAACUGCAAAGAGUUUGAAGACUUCCUGAAAGAGAGGGCAUCAAUUGAAGAGAAGUAUGGCAAAGACCUUCUCAACCUCUCCAGGAAGAAACCAUGUGGACAGUCGGAGAUCAACACCCUGAAGCGGGCCCUGGAGGUCUUCAAACAGCAAGUAGACAAUGUGGCCCAAUGUCACAUUCAGCUUGCCCAGACCCUAAGAGAAGAGGCCAGGAAGAUGGAAGAAUUCAGGGAAAAGCAAAAGCUACAACGGAAAAAGACAGAGAUAUUAAUGGAUGCUGUCCAUAAACAAAAAAGCCUACAGUUCAAGAAAACUAUGGAUGCAAAGAAGACCUACGAGCAGAAGUGCCGAGACAAAGAUGAGGCAGAGCAGGCUGUCCACCGGAGCGCCAACCUGGUAAACCCGAAGCAACAAGAAAAGCUUUUUGUGAAACUGGCAACUUCGAAGACUGCAGUAGAAGACUCGGACAAGACAUACAUGAUGCACAUCAGCACCCUGGACAAGAUCCGUGAAGACUGGCAGAGCGAGCACAUCAAGGCCUGCGAGAUGUUUGAAGCUCAAGAAUGUGAACGAAUAAACUUCUUUCGGAACGCGUUGUGGUUACACGUGAAUCAGCUGUCACAACAGUGUGUCACAAGCGAUGACAUGUAUGAAGAAGUUCGUAAGAGCUUGGAAGCAUGCAGCAUUGAGAAAGACAUUGCAUUUUUUGUGAACCACCGAAAAACUGGACAGACCCCACCAGCCCCCAUCAUGUAUGAGAAUUUCUACUGCCCCCAGAAGAAUACAGCCUCACAGGGAAAGGCCCUGGGGCCUAACUUAGCAAGGAGAGGACCUCUCCCAGUUCCUAGAAGUACACCAGAUGAUCAGGAUUAUUCUUUGGUUAAUGACUACAGUCUGAUCUACCAGUAACAUCAAUGAAAACAACUCCUUUUCUGGCUGGUGAUUCUAGGACGUGGGAGGAAAACACUCAGAGCAGUAGCAUCUGUAGCCAAGCUGUGUCAGUCAUGAAACUUUGAAGUGAGACCUUGCUGUCAUGUUUUGGUAUUUUAUAUUGAUUGCAGACAUUUAGAUCAACUGAGGUUAGGAAAGUUCUGAAAUUUUUAAAAGAAGUUUACAGAUUGCCCCAGACUGAAGAAUUGCUCUUUUCCUGUCAGUUACCAACGUUGUGAAUGAAUUACGUUAUCUCCUGGAUCCAGGAAACUCUCUGGAUUUGGAGCCUUGACUCCUCUUGUUGCGGGAGAGGUGGCUGCAGAGGGGCCCAAGCCAUCAGCCUGUAGGAGCAUCUUGGCUUUGGGGGCAGCGUGUCUGUGGAACAUUCCACAGCCACACACGUCCUGAGUGGUGCGGAAUUUUAAAUCCCCUUCCUUUUUGGCUGGAGGACUGAGAGGCCAUCUGAUUCUACUUUCUCAUUUUACAAAUGAGGAAAUGAGGCCCAGCAGUGUGAAAUCCACUUCCUUACUGAUUAGGGACAGAACCAAAACUGGAGUGUAAGCUUAUCCCACAUCACCAUUCGAACUAAUCCUUCCUGAGGCUGUGGUGCUUGUGUUGAAAUUUCAGACGCCAAAUGUUUUUGCCAGUGUCUUUUUCAAUUGGGAACAUUACCAGGGUUUAAAUGUCAGCUUUAUUUUUGUAUGACUCACUGUGUGUGCUGAAGUACAGAGCGCCAUAUUGAAUUCAUCUAAGAAGCCGUUGAUUGUAAAGUAUGCCAUUAUUUCAUGUACCACUGAGAAAGUUAGGUAGAGGAGUUGACCAUUAAUCUGUGACAGUUAAUGGCCACACCCAUUUGAAUUUGAUUCGCGAAAGUGUUGGGAAAAAAGCACAUCCUAGAAUCCGUGCAACAGGAUAUUUUGACUCCAUUGCUAAAAGGAAGUUUAGCGCUCCCAUGCGAGUCCUCCAUCCCAGGUCUUCUUCACAGAGAAUCUUUCUGGAUUUUUUAAAAGUGUUGAUCUUAGCCUUCCACAGGUAUUUGAGUCUUCCUUUUGUUACCCACAAACAGUGGGGAGACUUACAUCCCUUUUGUGUAAUAUCCACACACCAUGAGAAAACAGUACAUUGUGGUGAAUAGCAAACUAGCACUGCUACUUACUCGGUAUGUUGUAAAAUUCUGUUGUCACCAAGAGCAUGUAUUUUCUUCUCCUGCCAGUGCAAUAGAUUUCUCAGAACUAUGCAUAAAUUGAUUGAAACAAAAUUGAUUAUUUCCCCCCAUUUAAUGUAAGGUGUUACUGAAAGGGGCCGCUUCUUGUCAUGACAGGAAACUUGCGUCAGUUGGAUAUCCUUUUGAGAAACUGAAGUUUGCAAAGGGCCAUUGGCUUCCCCAAAUUGAGCAGGCUCAGGAAAUUUUCCUUCGAACUCAGAACAUUCUGUUUUUAAGUAUUUUAUUUAUUGUUGGCAUUUCCUCAGGGAUUUCACUUUUCUCUCUAUUGGUCAGUGUCAUUGAUGUAAAAGUCUUAUGAAUUGAAAAUAUUUUUAUUUUGUGGCUUUUUCAGUUGGAUAUGAAGUGAAAUAAAGGUUCUUAGUGAUUUGGGA